CGGAAAGAGAACAUGUGAGAAAACGGAGGAGUUGUGCCUCACCACCCCACCUCGCCUCAGUUUUCGGAGACUGGAAAGAGAGAGAAACGGUUGUUGUUAAAACACGCCUCAUCACCGUUAACUUUCCCGGGCUUUUCUCUGCCCACAAACACACACUUCCCUCCCUCUCUCUCUCUCUCUCUCUCUCUCUCCUCUCUCCGAUUCCUUUGAUCCUAUUCUCGGGCACAAGUAACUAACCCAACCAACUCCAAUCCCCCUCGCCACGCCCAAUUCCCACGGCCCAUGGCAACGGUCGCCUCGGCCCAACACACCGUAGCAGCGACGACGACGACGACGACGACGACGGGCGCCGCCGCCUCCGUCUCGACGCUCAGCCCAAUUGCGGCCUCCGGCCCGACCCGUCGGCGGCCGACCGACCCGAACGGCGACCUCGAGCGGUCGCUGCCCUGCUCCUCCUCCUCGGACGACGACGACGACGACGAGAAGGACGAGGCCGGGGCCUGGGAACACCCGUUGAAGGGCCUGUUGUUGGGCCGGGCCAAUUGGAAGGGAGCGAGAGGUGGGGUGGUGGGGCACGCGUGGAUGAGGGGGGCGGUGGCGGGGCUCCUGUGUCUCGUGGCGGUGACCGGGUUUAUGAGUUCGCGGAGGAUCGGGAACUUCGGUGGCCGCGGCGCCUAUGGCGAAGGCGAUGGCGAUGGCGGCGGUGAGAGGGCGAGGUUGGUGCAGAAGGUAGGAGGAGUUGGCGGCGGCGGCGGCGGAGGAGGGGGAGGGGGUGAAGCCGCGUUGGGCUGGACCCGGGAGAAUUUGACCAGCCCUGUGAGACGGCACGACCCGCCGAUACCCGAAAUUUGGUUGAAACCUUACAGUGAUGGCUAUAGUCAAUGCACUGAACGCCCAAGAAAUCAACACAGAACCAACAAUGCAACAGCAGGGUAUCUCCUAGUUCAUGCUAAUGGUGGAUUGAAUCAGAUGAGGAUGGGAAUAAGCGAUAUGGUUGCAGUGGCAAAACUAAUGAAUGCGACACUAGUCGUCCCUACCCUUGAUCAUGAUUCAUUCUGGACAGAUCCAAGUGAGUUUGAGGAUAUAUUUGACUUGAAGCAUUUCAUGGAAGUUCUAAGAGAUGACAUAGUGACAGUGGAGUCCCUCCCACCAGCUUAUGCAAGACUAAAGCCCUUUGUGAGGGCACCAACCUCCUGGUCAAAGGCUUCUUACUACAGAGACUUUUCUAAAAUUCUGAAGAGGUAUAAGGUGGUGAAAUUCACCCACACAGAUGCUCGGCUUAUCAACAACGGACUCCCGCCUUCAAUCCAGAGGCUUAGAUGCCGUGCAAACUAUAAAGCACUUCGAUACACCCUGGAGAUCGAAGAAUUGGGAAAGACCCUUGUUGAAAGGCUUAGAAAUGGAAGUAACCAUUACAUUGCACUUCAUUUAAGAUACGAGAAGGACAUGCUCUCAUUUACUGGUUGCAGCCACAACCUAACAUUUGAAGAAGCAGAAGAGCUACGAGAAAUGCGAUAUAGAGUGAAACAUUGGAAAGAGAAAGAAAUCAAUAGCAAGGAAAGGCGACUUGAAGGAGGUUGUCCCAUGACCCCACGAGAGGCGGCUGUUUUUCUUAAGGCCAUGGGCUAUCCUUCUGAUACAAACAUUUUCAUCGUAGCUGGGGAAAUCUACGGUGUCAACAGCAUGGAUGCUUUAAGGGCCGAAUACCCAAAUGUUUAUACGCAUCACUCCCUAGCAACGGCUGACGAAUUAGAGCCUCUCGAAUUGUACCAAAACCGCCUUGCCGCUUUGGACUAUAUAGUGGCCCUCAACAGUGAUGUCUUCGUGUACACUUACGAUGGAAAUAUGGCUAAAGCCGUGCAGGGCCACAGAAGAUUUGAAGGAUUCCUUAAGACCAUUAAUCCAGAUAGGCAAAUAAUUGUGAGGCUAAUCGACGAGAUGGAUGAGGGUAUUAUAACUUGGGAAGAGUUCAAAAGUAAGGUGAGGAAAUAUCAUGCUAACAGGCUUGGAGGUCCGUAUGAGAGAAAAGGUGGGGAAAGUGCAAGGCAAGAAGAGUACUUUUAUGCAAACCCUCUUCCGGGCUGCUUGUGCAGGAGACAACACAAGAAGCAAUGACAAGAAAAAAAAAAAAAAUUCUUUCUUUCAAAGGAAAAAAAACUUACUGUUUUAGGACAAGGCCGAAUUCAACAGAGAUAAUGUGGAAACCAACAGAGUUUUCUUCCACGCGAGCGGUGACUUCGUGCCUAACAGAAACGUCUCAAUGAAUUGUUCCCGAAUUUCCGUCACACCCACAGGUUGACAAUGUGUAUAGUUCUUUUAAUUUUAUCGAGCUUCGGCAGGCAUAUAGAGAGAGAUUACAGAAGGUUAAGACGCGUGAUGUCAGAGAGCAGCGGGCUGAACGGCCUCGUUUACUUAGACCACACUAUUUUGUUCCUUUUCAUUACAUUUGAUUCGUUUUUAAGCCCAGAUUAUUCUGAAUGAAGGGCAUCAGAUCGAAAUAAUGUAUGAGCAAAUCUUGUUUAUUUACAAAUGACAAUAUUCGAGGAUUAAAUUUGUACUUUAUACAUAUUUAUCUACAGAUUCACUUAUCAUCUCAAGAGUAA